AUGGCCAGAUCCAGUCGAAAGCUCCACCCACCGAGCAUCCCGCGAAUCCACUCAUAUCAAGCCAGCUGCUUGUUGACUGAGUUGUUGCGCGUGAAUCCUCUCAUCCAUACAUCGCAUAGGGGUUUCCCGCUGUCGGGGUGGAAAUCUUACCACCAGCUCGCAGCAGUGUCAUCGAUCCACCGGGGGGAGAAACUCCUAGCAUUCUCUAGCAUUCUGAGCGAUUCGUUUCCUUAUUCAUCAAUCCCGCCAAGUGCUACGUGUCAGAAGUCCCUGAUGGGAAAGGCGUCCAACGCGAAACAUAGGAACCACCGAGGCGGCGGCGACAAGCCCGAGAAGGGUUACACCGGGGACCGUGACGAAGUGGAAUCGGCUGACGAGGGUUCUAGCGAUAGCGACUACCUUUCGGAGUCGGAAGACGAAGGGACUGACGAUUACAAGCGGGGUGGUUACCACCCCGUGAAGAUCGGCGAUUCGUUCAGGAAUGGUCGUUAUCGCGUGGUGAAGAAGCUUGGUUGGGGUCACUUCUCUACCGUCUGGCUGGCGUGGGAUGAAACGGAGAAGCGCUACGUGGCUCUCAAGGUGCAGAAGAGUGCGUCGCACUAUACCGAGUCAGCUCUUGACGAGAUUCAGCUCCUUAGACAGGUAACGGACGGCGAUCCGCGGAAUGAGAAAUGCGUGGUGCGCCUUCUCGAUCACUUCCGCCAUUCAGGCCCGCACGGCUCGCACGUGUGCAUGGUCUUCGAGUGCCUGGGGGAAAACCUCCUCUCGCUCAUCCGCCGCUUCCGCUACCGCGGGCUCCCCCUCCCCGCAGUCAGGCACCUCGCGCGCCACAUCCUCACAGGGCUGGAUUACCUGCACCGCCAGCUGUCGAUUAUCCAUACGGACUUAAAGCCCGAGAACGUGCUGCUGGUACGGUCGAUAGAUGAUCAGCUGGGGAUUGGGGGGAGAUUAGAGGGACCUCCGCCUCCGCCUCCGCCUCCGGUUUCGGUUCCGCGUGGGGGGGAUGGCGCGGGAGCCGGGGGAGGGCGCGGGGGAGGGGCUGGGGGAGCGGCGGAAGGGGAGCCGUUGGCGUCACCAGCGUCGUCGGGACUGACGAAGAACCAGCGGAAGAAGCUGAAGAAGAAAGCCAAGAAGGCCGAAGCUGCUGCUGCUGCUGCUGGCGGUGCUGCUAGUGGCGCUGCUGGUGGGGCUGCUGGGGUACAGGAGGGAGGGGGGGAAGAAGGGGGAGAGGCGGAAGCGGGGGCAGCGGAUAAAGGGGAGAGUGAGGGGGUGUCGAGGAUGGAGGAGAGUAGCGGGGGCGCGGGGGGAGGCGCGGAGGGGAUGGUGGAAGACACGGCGGAUAGCAGAGCAGCAGGGGGAGCGGCGGUGAAGGGAGGGAGAGAGUCAUCCGCGUUAGAAGCUGGGCUGGAAGAGUACCUAGGGCUCGCAGUGGCAACAGCAGGGGGGGCAGUUGCAGCAGCAGGAGCAUCAGCUGCAGGGGCAGAGGCAGCAGCAGCACAAGCGGCAGCAGAGGCGGCAGCAGAGCUUGCAGGGAGGAGGAAAAGGCCGGUGGAUCUGACAGGGUUGGACUUGAGCUGCAAGAUCGUGGACCUUGGGAAUGCGUGCUGGACGUACAAGCAGUUCACGAGUGACAUUCAGACGCGCCAGUACCGCUGUCCUGAGGUGCUGCUGGGGGCGCGCUACUCCACCUCCGCGGACAUGUGGUCCUUUGCUUGCCUCGUCUUCGAGCUCGUCACGGGGGAUGUGCUCUUUGACCCGCGCUCAGGCCAUGACUUCGACCGCGAUGAGGAUCAUCUGGCACUCAUGAUGGAGCUAAUUGGUCGGAUUCCAAAGAAGAUUGCUUUAGGAGGCAAGUAUUCCCGUGAUUUCUUCUCGCGCAACGGGGAGCUGAGGCACAUAAGGCGCCUCAAGUUCUGGCCGCUAGACCGAGUGCUGAUAGAGAAAUACGACCUCCCUCCAGCAGAAGCCACCUCCCUCGCCUCCUUCCUCACCCCCAUGCUUGAUUUCGCCCCUGAGAGACGCGCCACUGCCCGCCAGGCCCUUGCCCACCCCUGGCUCGCUGAACCUGAGCCGGAGCGGCCGCUAGGUUUGGAUGGUGCAGGAGGUUUGGUUGCGGAGGUAGGGGCGGGUGGUGCGAUGGGCCGGGGUGGUGGGGAGGUGGAGGAUAAGAGGAAACGGGGGGAGAGUAGGGAGAAGAAGGGGGGUGGGGUGAGGGAGGGGAAGGAGAGUGGUGCGAGGAGGGAGGGGGAGAAUGGGGUGUGUGGGGAUGUGAAGGGAGAGGUGAAUGGGGUAGGUGGGGGAGGGAUGAGAGAUAAGAGGGAGCGGACUGGGGGAAGGGGAGGAGGUGGUGGUGUGAUGAAUGGGGAAGGUGAAGGCAUGGACUGCGAUUCUGGAGAUGGUGCAAUUGCUGGGCAAAGAGGAGGCAAAUCAGCUGCUAAAGCUGCUCCAAUCCAGAUGGCCGCUUCUGGCGGUUUGCCGUUUAACCCCUUCAACGGGGUCAACGGAGUCAACCCUCUCUCUGACGUGCUCCGUGCUCGGCCACCGGCGGCCCUCUCCUGCUCGCUCUCACAAGGACUAUCGCUCUCGCUGCUCUCGUCUCUGUCUGCCACGUGGCAGCACGGCAAGCACCGCCUUAGAGCCAGUGCGUCUGACGCAUCUCAGCCGUUGGAAGAACCAUCACAGAAGAAAGGGCAACCUGGGUCGUUGCUGGAGAGGUUUCCCCUGAAAGCAGCGGUGACGGCGAGUGGGCUGGCCCUGACGGGUGACACGAUAGCCCAGCUGGUGGAGCGGUAUCGACGGCGGCAGGCCAAGGAGAAGGAGAUAGAGGCGGCAUCGCCCUGCUGCAGAAAGAGAUUGCGGGGAGUGGCCGACAAGGAGCUAUGGCAGCAUGACUUCAUUCGAGCUCUCCGCAUGGCGUCCUAUGGCUUCCUGCUUUACGGCCCCGGCAGCUACGUGUGGUACCAGUACCUCGACCGCAUGCUGCCGGCUCCCACACUCCAAAAUUUCGUGCUCAAGGUGACAGCGAAUCAGGUGGUGCUGGGUCCGUGUGUGCUGCUGGUGGUGUUUGCAUGGAACAUGGCGUGGAUGGGCAAGGCCAAAGACAUCCCUGACAAGUACCGUAGGGACUUCUUCCCGUCACUUGUUGAUGGGUGGAAGUUCUGGAUUCCAGCUGCGAGCCUCAACUUUGCAGUUGUCCCGUUAGAGGCACGGGUGGCGUUCAUUGUGCGCCAUCUUUUGGAACUUCUACCGUACCUCUCCUCCUCCGUCGGCAAGGAAGGCGCCUCUGCUGCUGCUCCCAAACUCCCGCCCGCGUCCCCUCCUGCUGCCCCUGCUGUUGCCGGUGCCUAG